AUGUCAACCCCUGCUAAGAAGAGGCUGAUGAGGGACUUCAAGCGGUUGCAGCAGGACCCUCCUGCGGGUAUCAGUGGUGCUCCCCAGGACAAUAACAUCUUGCUUUGGAAUGCUGUAAUAUUUGGGUACGCUCUGCAUAUAUCGUCUUGUUGGAACUUUGAUACUGGUCGUGGAUACUUACUAGUACUUUUGUUACCAUUGCAGUCCUGACGACACCCCAUGGGAUGGAGGUGAGCCAUUUUUAAGGGCUUUCAUUUUUCCUAUACACUAUCAAAGAAUUUGAGGACUGUUUGUAUUAUAUUGACUAUUCUUCGCAUUCUAGUUUUCUAUAAUUUAUUCUUAUUUUCAUGACUUUUGUAUCUUCAGUUGCUUUAAAAAAGUAUUCAUUUAACCAUUAGACUGGAUUUCUCUGUUAUUUGUUAUCUCAUAUUCAACAAAUGAGUGUUAUAUUUUACAAGAACGUUGAUGACUAUUCAAUUGCCAGUUGUCUGUCAUAAUUCUUUAGUCGACGUUAUUCCAGCUAUAGGCUUUUUAUCUAUGCCGUUCAUUUGUGCAGUAUUUAAUGCAUUCUCGUGUGUGUGUUUAUUUAGGUAUAUUUAGUCUGCGCCACGAGAUGUAAUACUAAAUUUAUGGCGUGUGAAUGUAAUUAGUUUUCCUCAUAAUUUAUUCAGAUAAAACAUUAGACACUAUGAAUUUCUUGUCGAAUAAGUUCAAUGCAUGAGCAUUAGCAACUGGCGAACAGGAUAGUUGCACAUUAAUCUACAGUGCCCAGGGUCACUAACACAGCUCUGUACUCCAAACCGUUUCAUUUGAUAUGCAGUAUUCAUCCUUAUUUAUGUUAUUAUCCAUUGUUAGUUUUGUUUGCAAAAUGUAGUAAUCAGUUUUCCUGAUGCUUUGUCCUCGUUGACUGUCACGUUGCUUCUACUUUUCAUCCGUUCAUCCCUUGUUGGGUUCAUUCUAAUGUAAAUCAGUUCUUACAAUAUGUGAAGCAUUUUCUCAGUUCUGUGUUGUUUAUAGGAUAUCUUUUGCUUUUAUCUUUCUUAUGCGCUGUUAAUCCUCUGAUGAAUGGAUUCUCUCUCUCUCUCUCUCUCUCUAAUUUUCUGCCUCUUCUGACUCUACAGGUACGUUUAAGUUAACUCUUCAGUUCAGUGAAGAUUAUCCAAAUAAACCACCAAAUGUGCGCUUCGUUUCUCGAAUGUUUCAUCCAAAUAGUAAGUCAGAUAAUUGAUUUAAACCUUUUUUGAUACUAUCUCCGUGUCUGACUCAUCAUGCGCUGUCCUUUUUUUUAUUUUUUAUAAUGGAUAUAAUGAAGGUCAAACAGUGGUAUAACUGGAGUCUUCGAUGUUUAGUUCCAAGUUUAAAUCGGAAACUUGUUACUUGAUAGAUCCAAACAUUGUUCAGGACACCGUUUUUAUUAUUUUCUCCAUGUUUUCUGCAGAAGCAGUUUCUGUUACGAUAAAAUGUUAAUUGAUGUUGUCUCUGCCAGUCUUUUCCAUCACUCGGGCUUAGGGAUGCUUCCCUAGUCACUUAUUCGUUUGAUAUUCCUCCACUUUUACAUUAGAAAGCUUGACGUGCACCCAUUAGUGGUCCUUACUCGAGAUGCUAUUGGAGACCUUCAUUGAGUAUUUUCAGUCUAGUUUGAAUAAUUACCACUCGUUUUGUAUAUUCCAGUGGGAUUGCUGAAGUAUGGCCUGAGCGGUUUAAGAAAUGAGUAUACCUUCUUUUUGAGAAAUAUCUUGGCAUAUAACGGUUCUAAGACCAAUAUUAAUGAAGCAACAUUAUAAUCCUAUUUGGGUCGGUAGAAACUGGGAUGCUUCUUUUAGAUAUAAUUCUGAACUUGACGGUUUAAUCGGAUACUCAGCUGAAGGGGGUUUUGAAGGAUGAUCAACUCUCUGACUCGAAUGUUUCUUUAUUAUUAUUAUUUUAAUGUUCUCCAAUGUGAGUUUUUUUUUAUUAAUUUACCACAGAGUACAAUGUUUAUCUGAAAACUAGAGAAGAGCUCCCCCACGGAUAUAUCUGUAGGAUGAACGUCUCAUGUGGAAGCCGUAGUUUAUGGGGAUUCAAACCUGGCUUGUUCAAAGUGGGGAAUCCAUGUAGAGUGGGAGAACUUUGACAUCUGAGUUGCUGACUAAGAAACUGGUGUCUAGGGAGGUCCUCAAACUGUCCAAAUCGCAUUGGGGAAAGCCCUCAUUUGGAGGAUUUUCUUCAGGAAACUACAGACCAUGUGGAAGAAUUUCUUUUUUUGGUAAAAUGGUUGCUUACAUUGUUUGUUCACCUCUCUCUCUCUCUCUCUCUCUCUAUUUAUCUACCUUUCUUUGGUCCUCAUCUUUUCCAUUUGGAUCAAUUCUUCUCUCUCUCUCUCUCUCUCUCUCUAUUUAUCUAUCUAUCUUCUUGUUGUUUGUCAGCUUUAUUCUUCCUUAUCUUAAUGCUUAUUUUUGGCGGGCCUUGCAAUCCUUCAUAGUUUGCUCUCUCUGUUGGCGCUUCCUUGCUCUACUCUUCAAGAUCUUUCAUGCGCAUUCCCCCACCGGGCCUCUCCCCCCAGUUGACCAAGGUCCACCUCUGACAUGUGUACUCUCCAUUCUCUCUCUCUCUCUAGUCUACGCAGACGGAAGCAUAUGCCUGGACAUCCUGCAGAAUCAGUGGAGUCCCAUCUACGACGUGGCUGCAGUUCUUACAUCCAUCCAGGUAAUCCCCAGAAACCCAUUCCUCUCCUCGCCAGCAUCCCUCCUCCGUCUUCCCCGGCGGCGUUAAACCACCUCCACUCCCUCUCUGCCGGCAGUCACUGCUCUGCGACCCGAACCCUAACUCGCCGGCGAACUCUGAAGCCGCCCGGAUGUUCAGCGAGAACAAACGGGAGUACAACCGGAGGCUGCGCGAGAUCGUCGAGCAGAGCUGGACUGCGGACUGA